AUGAAGUCAGUCCUAGAUGGCCUUGCAGAUACAACCUUCAGAACAAUUACAACAGACCUCCUUUAUAUGGGUUCUAACGACAUCCAGUACGAAGACUUUAAAAGUGACAUGGCCUCCAAAUUAGGAUACUACCCAGAGAAAUUUCCUCUGUCUUCUUUUCGAGGUGACUUCCAUCCCAAAAUGACUGCAGGAGAAGAUGCCUCUUUAGGUGCGCACCCAUCGGAUCAAAUCAAUAUUACAGAUUUUUACAACAAAACCUUGUCUCCCUUUAAGGAGAAUGAGGAGAACAUACAGUGUGGUGAUAACUUUAUGGACAUGGAAUGCUUCAUGAUUCUGAACCCCAGUCAGCAGCUGGCCAUUGCAGUCCUGUCCCUCACCCUGGGCACCUUUACUGUUCUGGAAAACCUUCUGGUUUUAAUUGUCAUCCUGCAGUCUCGAAGCCUUCGCUGCAGGCCUUCUUACCAUUUCAUUAGCAGCCUGGCAGUAGCUGAUCUCCUCGGCAGUGUGAUCUUUGUCUACAGUUUUGUUGAUUUCCAUGUUUUCCAUCGGAAAGAUAGCCCUAAUGUGUUCCUUUUCAAAUUGGGUGGAGUUACAGCCUCAUUCACUGCUUCAGUUGGAAGUCUUUUCCUCACAGCAAUAGACAGAUACAUAUCUAUACACAGGCCCCUCUCCUACAAAAGGAUUGUUACCAGGUCAAAGGCUGUUGUAGCGUUCUGUGUGAUGUGGACAAUAGCUAUUGUAAUAGCUGUUCUCCCUUUGCUUGGUUGGAACUGCAAAAAGCUCAAUUCUGUUUGCUCAGAUAUAUUCCCCCUAAUUGAUGAAAAUUACCUGUUGUUCUGGAUUGGGGUCACCACUGUACUCUUGCUUUUUAUUGUUUAUGCCUAUAUGUAUAUACUCUGGAAAGCUCAUAGCCAUGCUGUUAGGAUGCUCCAGCGCGGGACUCAAAAGAGCAUAAUAAUUCAUACUUCUGGGGAUGGUAAAGUGCAGCAGAUCACUAGGCCAGAACAAACACGUAUGGACAUUAGGCUAGCCAAAACUUUAGUCCUCAUUCUUGUGGUUCUGAUCAUCUGCUGGGGUCCCCUACUUGCUAUUAUGUUGUAUGACGUCUUUGGGAAAAUGAACAAGCUUGUCAAGACUAUCUUUGCCUUCUGUAGUAUGCUGUGUCUGAUGAAUUCUACGGUGAAUCCAAUUAUCUAUGCUCUAAGGAGCAAGGACCUGAGACAUGCUUUCAGAAGCAUGUUUCCACCUUGUGAAGGGACCGCACAGCCUCUUGAUAAUAGUCUGGAGUCUGACUACCAGCACAGACAUGCUAACAAUCCAGGCAAUGUCCAUAAGGCUGCUGAAAGAUGCAUUAAAAAUACAGUUAAGAUUGCUAAAGUGACUAUGUCAGUCUCUUCAGACACUACUGCAGAGGCAUUGUAA